AUGGCGCGACGUUCUAUUGCUGUAGCAUUCUCACUCGUCACACACAGCUUCGCCCUGGUUUCUCAAGAUGGGCACACCGGUCGUCUCCCCACAAUGGGAUGGAACUCAUGGAAUGAGUACGGAUGUGCUAUUAACGAGAGCGUCUUCUUGGAGGUCGGAGAGCUCCUAAACACUCUUGGGCUGAAGAAGCUUGGUUAUACAUACGUCAAUAUCGACGACUGUUGGAGUAACAAAACCCAUCAACGCGACAGUGUUACUGGGCAGAUCAGACCAGAUUCAAACAAGUUUCCAAACGGUAUCAAACAUACAGCGGAUGAAAUUCACAAGCUUGAUCUCAAGGUUGGUAUCUAUAGCGAUGCUGGAGACACCACCUGCGGUGGAUACGCUGGUUCUUUGGAACAUGAAGAACUAGAUGCGAGGACUUUUGCUGGUUGGGGCAUCGACUAUCUCAAGUACGAUAACUGUGCCGUACCAGAUAGGUGGCAUGACGAGUACCGAUGGUGGCCAGAGAACUGGCUAGGAGGUCCUCCAGCUGAGAAUCAAACGGCCGGGGGCGACGGUGAAACCAAACCUGUUGCAGCUCCAACUGGCUACGACUGGACGACAUCCAAAACCUUUACCCGUUAUAAGACUAUGAGUGAUGCUCUGCUGGCAACCAACCGUACAAUCGAGUUUUCCCAAUGCGCAUGGGGUCACGCCCAUAUUGAUGAGUGGGGCAAUCGCACUGGUCACAGCUGGCGUAUGUGGGGCGAUAUAUAUCCUCAAUGGGAAGGAAACCAUCAGGGCUCUUGGGGGCUCAUGCCUAUCCUCAACCACGCGUCCUUUUACAACAACGAUACCAACUUCUGGGGACAUGGUGACUGGGAUAUGCUCGAGGUUGGCAACGGCAACUUCACAAUUGAGGAGAAUCGAUCCCACUUCGCGCUAUGGGCUGCGCUGAAGUCACCUCUAAUCAUUGGCACUCCCUUGAGUAAUAUCAAGCCCGAAAUCUUGGAUAUCCUCAGUAACAAUGAACUCAUCGAUUUCAAUCAAGACUCCGUUGUUGGCAAAGCGGCAAAGCCUUACAAAUGGGGAGUCAAUCCUGACUUCACGUGGAACCAAACUCACCCGGCCGAAUAUUGGAGUGGGAAAUCCUCCAAGGGUGUACACGUCUUUGUGUUGAAUACCCUGAACAUUGAACAAACCAAGACAAUCAACUUUGCGGAGGUACCAGAGCUUGACCCAAAAACUGAACACACUGUCUUCGAGUCAUGGACUGGAAAAGAGCGCGGCAGAUUCACAGGUCAAUACGAAGCGGCUGUUGCAGGACAUGACACAAUAGCCAUCAGACUGAUUGAGGUCUAA